UACUUCCUGUUAGCAACCUGUCGGUUCAAACUGACUUCUGAUUAGCUCAGUAAUAUUGACUGUAAUCAGGGAGUCCUCCUGGAUUUACCGUUACCCCGCGGCUGAACAUGGAUAAAACACAUUUCCCACUAUAAAAUGUUUUGGGCUUAUUUCCGUCCAUGUUUGCAGCUUCCGGUUCUCUUCGCAGCGCAGCUCGGCGGAGUUUAGGAUGGAGUCCAGCAGCCUGGGGAGCGACUGUCUGUCCCCGGAGUCCACCGUGACGUCUCUGCUGUCGCGCUCUGGCCACCUGCGCAGCAGCCUGCAGCCUCCAGGCCGCGGCGCCACCUUCAGGUUCAGAGACCAGGAUUUUGAUUCGGCGUCGGCAGCGCUGGACGCCUACAUCGCAGACUUUGACCGCAGCUGCCGGCAGUGCAGGUCGCUGACGGCGUCGCUGGUUCUGCCACGCAGCCAGCCGGCCAAUCACAGGGCGGCCAGAAACAGAGACGUCCUCCGGGAGCGUCUGACCGACUGGGAGCUGGACUUCCUCAGCCUCCCCGUCAGCUCCCUCCAUCACCGCCUCAACCGCGACUCCAUGACCACAGAGGAGCUGCUGUCCAUCCCCUGCGACGGCUCGAUGCCCGUCACUCGCACGUCUGCCUUCAUUCGAGGCGUCCUGUCCCGCUCCCGGGGUUCUGAAGCGGUACCGCCCUGCGCCGGAUCCAGACGCAGCAGCAGCCAUGUUGCUCACCAACACCUGCACCUGGGCCCAGACCGGUACCAGAACCAGAAACAGAUCCGUUUUUCUGAUAGGACCUCCAGGUCGAGAGGGAGGCUGCAGACGGACAGACUCAGCCAGUCUGCUGACAUUCCUGCUUCUGCACACAGAGCUGCAGAUCUGCAUCUUCCUCGCUGGCUGACCAGCAACAAGUCGGCGCUGGGCUGCUCCGAGGUCGGCAGCCUGCCGGACCUGACCUACCCCAGCUGGGUCCUCCGCGCCGCCGAGCCGCCGCCCUGGGAGGAGCGCGGCGACGCGCCGCCUGGAGCGGCCAGAGGGACAGCUCCGUCCUGGGUGUUGGACCUGGAGACGGACGGAGAGCUGAACGCAGCGCCAGCACAGCUGAGAGGGAGGUCAAAGGGUGUGGUUCAGGCUGAAGGUGAGCAGACGCUCAGGGAGCUGCGGCUGCAGCUGGCCGAACACAUCUCCGCCCUCACCGCCGAGGGGAACGGGUCCGGCAGCCUGGCGGCGCCGUUCAGAGACAACAGGAUCGAGUCUCUGAUCCAGAAGGCCGAUCAGGUUCUGGACGCCCUGAGUUCUGGAGGAGCCGGAGGUUCUGGAGGAGCAGAAGGUUCUGGAGGAGCCGGAGGUUCUGGAGGAGCAGAAGGUUCUGGAGGAGCCGGAGGUUCUGGAGGAGCAGAAGGUUCUGGAGGAGCAGGAGGUUCUGGAGGAGCCGGAGGUUCUGGAGGAGCAGAAGGUUCUGGAGGAGCAGGAGGUUCUGGAGGAGCAGAAGGUUCUGGAGGAGCAGGAGGUUCUGGAGGAGCAGAAGGUUCUGGAGGAGCAGGAGGUUCUAGAGGAGCAGAAGGUUCUGGAGGAGCAGAAGGUUCUGGAGGGAAAGUGAGUCCUGUCGGCACUGAGGACCUGCUGCUCUCCCCGCCUCUUCGCUGUCCCUCCGCCUCGCUAACCUCCGGAACCACAGAGCUGGAUUCGGAUCAGACUCUGCUGGACGAGGAGGUUUUGAGCGGCGGUUACCAUGAAAAGGAGAGCUGCACGCAGCCCGGCCCGGUGGAGGCCAUGAAGCAGAUGCUGUUCCGGCUGCAGGCCGUGGAGGCGGAGCUGCAGAGGCAGCGGAUCGACGCCGACGGGCAGAGGACGCCGGAGAAGCAGGAAGUCGAUGUUGAUCCAGAGCUGCAGAGUUUCCCAGGAAGUCCAUCGUUAAAGAGAGUCGGGCUGUACCUGAACCGCCUGAAGAUGCUGGUGGAGGAUCCGGGUCAGAGAGGAAGACGGACGGACUCCUCCUCCUCCCGGCAGGACUCGUCCUGAAGCAGAUGGGCCGGCCCGGUUCUGCUGAUGUUCUGAACCUCGGACUCAAAUAAAAACGUUUCAGUAAA